GAAGCGAUGUUUGUAAUGUCGAUCGACGAUCAUAGCCUCGACAAGCGUUGACUAGUACCUAGAUGUCAUUGACGGCCCCGAGGCGCCCGGCCGGAGGACUAUAUGAGGGAGCGUCGCGCCGUGUGAAAGGCGCACCUCACAGACACUCCAGGAGCCAUCGUCCUGUAAAGCCCCUUUCAUCCAAGGAUCAUGCCGCGGGCGGCUCUCUUACUCAGCAGCGUAGCUGCCACCGUCCCCGGGGUCUUCGCCCUGGGUUUUAGCUUCCCAGACUGUGUCUCCGGACCUCUCGCAAACAACUCGGUCUGCGAUGCCUCCCUCGACCCCUUGACCCGCGCCAAGGCGCUCGUUAAAGUGAUGGCCAUCCAGGAGAAGAUCAACAACACUGGCAGCACGAGCCCGGGUGUUCCCCGCCUUGGCCUUCCUGCAUACACCUGGUGGCAAGAGGCUCUCCACGGGGUGGCAUCCUCUCCCGGCGUCAACUUCUCGGCCGAGGGGGACUACAGCUACGCCACGUCGUUCCCGCAGCCCAUCCUCAUGGGGGCCGCUUUCGACGACGAACUCAUCCAUGCCGUCGCAACGGUCGUCAGCACUGAGGCACGCGCCUUCAACAACGAUGGCCGCGCCGGGCUCGACUUCUGGACGCCCAACAUCAACCCCUUCCGCGACCCGCGCUGGGGCCGCGGCCAGGAGACGCCCGGCGAGGACCCGUUCCACCUGAGCUCGUACGUGCACGCGCUGAUCGACGGCCUGGAGGGCGGCGACGACGAGGGCAAGUACAAGCGGAUCGUGGCCACGUGCAAGCACUUCGUUGGCUACGACAUGGAGUCGUGGAACGGCAACCUCCGGUACCAGUGGGACGCGCCGAUCAACAUGCAGGACAUGGUGGAGUACUACAUGCCGCCGUUCCGGACCUGCGCGCGCGACGCCAACGUCGGCGCCUUCAUGUGCUCGUACAACGCCGUCAAUGGCGUGCCGACGUGCGCCGACCCCUGGCUGCUCAAUGACGUCCUGCGCGAGCACUGGGGCUGGACCAGCGAGCAACAGUGGGUGACAAGCGACUGCGACGCCGUGCAGAACGUCUACCUGCCGCACGAGUGGGCCAAGACCAGGGAGGAGGCCGCCGCGCUGUCGCUCAUCGCCGGCACCGACGUCAACUGCGGCACCUACUACCAGAACCACCUCCCGGCUGCGUACGAGCAGGGGCUGAUCAACGACUCGGUCGUCGACCAGGCCCUGAUCCGCCAGUAUUCGUCGCUCAUCCGGCUGGGCUACUUCGACGCUCCGGAGAAGCAGCCCUACCGGCAACUGAACUUCUCCAGCGUCAGCACGCCCCACGCCCAGCAGCUCGCCUACCAGGCCGCGGUCGAGGGCAUCGUCCUGCUCAAGAACGACGGCGGCAUGCUGCCCCUGGACCUGAGCGGCAACAAGAGCAUCGCGCUCAUCGGCGACUGGGCCAACGCCACGGCGCAGAUGCAGGGCAACUACUUCGGCCAGCCGCCCUACCUGCACUCGCCGCUGCACGCCGCCCAGCAGCUGACCACCGUGUACUACGCCAACGGGCCCGGCGGGCAGGGCGACCCGACCACGGACCAUUGGCUGCCCGUGUGGGACGCGGCCGCCAAGGCCGACGUGAUCAUCUACGUGGGCGGGAUCGACAACAGCGUCGAGUCCGAGGGGCUCGACCGCGACUCGAUCGCCUGGACGGGCGCCCAGCUCGACGUGAUCGGGCAGCUGGCCCUGUAUGGCAAGCCGAUGGCCGUCGUGCAGAUGGGCGGAGGGCAGAUCGACUCCAGCCCGAUCAAGCACAACGCCAACGUCAGCGCCCUGCUGUGGGCCGGGUAUCCGGGCCAGGACGGCGGGACGGCGAUCAUGGAUGUCAUUACGGGCAAGGUGGCGCCCGCAGGACGCAUGCCGAUUACCCAGUACCCGGCCGCGUAUGUCGCGCAGGUGCCGAUGACCGAUAUGGCGCUGCGGCCGGGGAAGAACAGUCCCGGGCGGACGUAUAAGUGGUAUAAUGGUACUGCGGUGUAUCCGUUUGGGUAUGGCCUGCAUUAUACCAACUUCACUGCUGAGCUUGGCGCCACGAGCGGGCUUCUCCAGGUCAAUGCCAACAACGGCAAUGGCAACGCCACAUUCCAGAUCGCGGACCUCGUCGCCGCAUGCAAAGCCAACUUGAACUCCACGUACAAGUACAUGGAUAAAUGCCCCAUCGCCACCCUCCCCUUACAGCUGCACAACACCGGGAAAGUCCAGUCCGACUAUGUCGCGCUGCUCUUCCUCUCCGGCACCUUCGGCCCGCCGCCACACCCGCACAAAUCCCUGGUCGCCUACGCCCGCGCACACGCCGUCGCACCCGGUGAGGCGGCCACCGUCACGCUGGACCUGACGCUGGGCAGUCUGGCGAGGGUCGAUGAGAAGGGCAACACGGUGCUCUACCCGGGCAGGUUCAAGUUGAUGGUGGAUUUGGAGCCCGGGUUGGCCGGGGUGGAGUUUACGCUGGCUGGGGACGGGAAGGGGGUCGUGUUGGAUGAGUGGCCGCAGCCGCCCGAGGAGAGGAAGAGGAGGGGGAAGGGGGUGGACUGGGUUGGGGAGGGGUACUUCGUUGGGGGUUAUGGUAGUGAGGAGGGAGAAAAGCAGAAGAAGGUUCAGUGAGUUAGGUGUUGAGGAAGAGGAGGUGAAGAGAGGGGUUAGUGAUAUGGGAUUGAGGUAGUACUAGUAGUACUACGUAAUGUGGUGGUAGCAGUUGCACAUGCCAAAAACGGGGAAGAUGCUCAUAGCCAAGCUGUUGUUGAUUUUGCGGUUGCCGUUCGACGGUCACCUAUGACCUAACGGGCUAGCCAGGCGUGAAUGGCCGGAUAAAUCGUUGGCGCCUUCGGUCUAGCCGAGUGUGAUAUUCUU